GUAUUUUUCCUUUUGGGAUUUCAAUAAGGACAGGCUGGAAGGAUCCAAAACCCAACCCCACUUCCAUUAUUAUUAGAGAGAAGAAGACAACCUUCUCCUCUCUCUUUCUCUCCAUCGUCUCUAACAAACCAUCCAUGGCAAGAUUGAUACUUCCACUCCCACAAUAAACCCAUUAACGAAAAAGCUUACAAAAAGCAGAAAUAAAGAAGUCUUGGGUUCCUUGCCUUUAUUUUUUUUUCUUUUCCCUUUUCUUGUUGCUCUGGGUAGCAUCUUUAACCCACUUUCUUUUUUUUUUGUUUUUUCUUUUCUUUUUUUUUUUUUUUUUUUCUUUCUUGCCUCUCUUAUUCUUUCAUUCUUCCUGGCGUGAAAUUCUCUUCCUCUUCUUCUUUACGUUCUCUCGCAUAUCUUUUCUCUUGCUAGUUGCUUCACUCACAAGUUUUUUGUUUCUGGGUUCUUUCUUUUCUUUCUACCAAGCAUUGUCUCUUUUAUCAGUAAAGUUGAAUUGCUUUUGGAAAUUUCCCGGAGUUUGAAUUUCCUUGGAAAAUUACUUACUGGUUUGAUUUUUUCUGGGCCUUUCUUUUUAUUGAUCAAGCUGUGAAAUUCCAUUGAAUCGACCCGGGAACCGUCUUUCAUCUCUAUCUAGUUAUGGUGUGAAAAAAAAAAAAUCACUGCCGCUUUUCUUGAUUGCUUCCUGGUGACAAUCCUCAAAUUUCUUAUUGUUAAUUUUCUUUCAAAAGUCUUGAUCUUGCUUUACCUUGAAUUUCUGUUUCCAUGGGACUCUGUCAUGGAAAACCCAUUGAACAUCAAGCCAAAAACCUUCCGGUGCCUGGCGAAGCUGAUCCACCACCUUCUUCCCACACGACAAAAUCUUCUAACUUCCCCUUUUAUAGCCCAAGCCCAUUGCCAAGCCUCUUCAAGACCUCGCCUGCAAUAUCAAGUGUGAACUCCACGCCAUUGCGCAUCUUCAAGCGUCCAUUUCCGCCUCCUUCACCGGCAAAGCAUAUAAGGGCACUGCUAGCACGGAGACACGGCUCUGUCAAGCCCAACGAGGCUUCUAUUCCUGAGGGUAAUGAGCCUGAGGUUGGUUUGGACAAGAGCUUUGGAUUCUCAAAACAGUUUUUAUACCAUUAUGAGCUUGGCGAGGAGGUGGGUCGUGGGCAUUUUGGUUACACUUGCUCUGCCAAGGCUAAGAAAGGAAGCUUGAAGGGCCAAGAUGUGGCUGUCAAAGUUAUCCCAAAGUCUAAGAUGACAACAGCAAUUGCAAUUGAAGAUGUAAGGCGAGAAGUUAAGAUAUUGCGGGCUUUGACCGGUCAUAAGAACCUAGUGCAGUUUUAUGAUGCGUAUGAAGAUGAUGACAAUGUUUAUGUUGUCAUGGAGUUGUGCAAAGGUGGGGAGCUACUGGAUAGAAUACUUUCUAGGGGUGGAAAAUACCCGGAAGAAGAUGCAAAGGCUGUUAUGGUUCAGAUUUUAAGCGUGGUGGCUUAUUGUCAUCUCCAGGGUGUAGUUCACCGUGACCUUAAGCCAGAGAAUUUUCUAUUUACUACUAAGGAUGAGACUUCCCCAUUGAAGGCCAUUGAUUUUGGACUUUCUGACUAUGUGAAACCAGACGAAAGGUUAAAUGAUAUUGUAGGAAGUGCCUACUAUGUUGCUCCUGAAGUUCUGCAUAGAUCAUAUGGGACUGAAGCAGACAUGUGGAGUAUUGGAGUCAUCGCUUACAUCCUUCUAUGUGGAAGCCGACCCUUUUGGGCCCGUACAGAAUCUGGAAUAUUCAGAGCAGUCCUUAAAGCAGAACCUAAUUUUGAAGAAGCCCCUUGGCCUUCUUUAUCACUUGAUGCUAUAGAUUUUGUGAAAAGAUUGUUGAACAAGGACUACCGGAAGAGACUAACAGCUGCUCAGGCACUGAGUCAUCCAUGGCUUGCUAGUUAUCAUGAAAUAAAGAUACCAUCUGAUAUGAUUGUGUACAAGCUUGUAAAGGCAUAUAUAUGCUCCUCUUCUCUACGGAAAUCAGCUUUAGGGGCACUUGCGAAGACAUUAACCGUGCCUCAGCUAGCCUAUCUACGCGAGCAAUUCACAUUGUUAGGGCCAAAUAAAAGUGGAUUUAUUUCUUUGCAGAACUAUAAGACGGCAAUUUUGAAGAACUCCACUGAUGCCAUGAAAGAUUCGCGGGUCCUAGAUUAUGUCAGCAUGGUUAGUUCUCUUCAAUUUAGGAAAUUAGAUUUUGAAGAAUUUUGUGCUUCUGCCAUAAGUGUGCACCAACUGGAAGGAAUGGAGAGUUGGGAGGAACAUGCUCGGCGUGCUUAUGAGUUAUUUGAGAAGGAUGGAAACAGGCCCAUUAUGAUUGAGGAACUUGCUUCAGAGCUUGGACUCAGCCCAUCAGUACCCGUGCAUGUAGUUCUCCAAGACUGGAUAAGACACUCAGAUGGGAAGCUUAGUUUCUUAGGUUUUGUCAGACUUUUACACGGGGUAUCUUCUCGAACAUUUCAGAAGACCUAAAACGAGAACAGAGGAAAGAAGUCGGUGUUCAACUCAGCUUGUGGAAGAGGGAAGUGUCUGAAGGGGACAGAAGCCGUGCCAUGGCUGCCCAGUAGGAGAAGAAUAUGUUAAGGCUUUAGCCAGCAGCAAUUGAUAUUUGUAACUGGGUAAACCGGGUUACAGACACUCUGAAACCGAGCCUAAACUGGGCGAUCCGUUGUUAGUGAAGACAUGUUUGUCAGCUCAAGCCAUUCUCAACCCACCCUUCUUGUGUUUCCAUUUUUUUUUUUUUGGUUGUCUUCUCCCAGUUUAGCUUAGUGGUGAUUGGUGUUGAUGAGGUUUGUACAGAUGAGGGUGGAUGGUAAAAGAAUGUAUUUAGCGUCACUCAGCAGACAGCUUUAAAACUUUGAAUUUCAUGGUUUCUGGGUUUAUCCCUUGUGUACCCCCCCAAAUCUUGAUCCAAUAUGGUUAUCAAAUCUUUUUACAGCA